AUGGCAUCCAUCUUCACUUACGACCCGGACCCGCCGCGGGUCUCGUCCCCGUGGUCGACCUCGGGUUCAUCCACUCCCCAGGCAAAGCCAGUCAAUGGACGAGGACUCGCGAUUCGCGCCCGGUCCAGUAUUAAACUGGAACAUACCGAUGCGGACUUUCUCUCUGAUUAUGGAAUUACCAAACUAGAGCCGGAGCCCCAAGAGGGUCCAACGGAGUACAAGUUACACUUGCUCCUCCGGCCGCGACGUCCUUAUCUGUCCAUGUCCACUGGACAUGUAGUCGCGGGCUCGUAUCGUUCCCGUGUAGGCCACUUACCCUCGUCGAGCUCGCCUUCGCCUUCGCCGUCCCUGGAUGCAACUCCAAAGCCGAUGCAGGCCAAGUCAUCCCAGAGCCGCCAGCAGCGGCUGCAAGGGUUAACAACCCAGCUGCUGUGGCGCCUGCAGCAGUCAUCCCCAUUCCACUCGUCUACCACGGCAAACUUGGUCAUUCCCGUCUUGCCAGAGGCAACUCCGAGAUUAGGCGUGCCUUCGAAACCAGCUCGAUUACUACCCGGUCUUGAGGAAAGUCAAGGUGCACUCUAUGAAAUUGGCGUCGCUGACGAUGGCACUUUUGUGGGUUUGACUCAAGAUGAGCUUGACGAGAGUGUCACCAACCUGCAAGCAAUGGCGGCGAGUCUCGGAUGUAAGGUUGAAAUUCUUCGCCGAGUUCUUGUUGGAAAAUGUGAAUGGGCGGAAGACUCUCCAUCUGCACCGCCAGACCCAAACAAGAACAAUACCGAGAACUUAUGGGUUGCGGAAGCUUUGGUCUCGCCGGACUUGGAUUAUUAUAAUAUGUCCCCCGCACGGACACGCCAGAGCUCCCUCGACGGCUCUUCGGAGGAUGUUGGUACGGAACCAGUUGUGGAAGAGGACUACUCCCACACUGAGCAGGUUCGCAUCUCUAUUGCAGGCCCCAGUACUGCAGGGAAAUCAUCCCUGCUGGGCACCUUGACAUCAUCAUCACUGGACAAUGGGAGAGGCAAGAGUCGGCUCAGCCUUCUUAAGCAUCGCCACGAGAUCUCGUCGGGUAUUACCAGCUCUGUCGCCCAAGAACUCAUUGGUUAUGCCGAGGACAUGCCGCCAAAAGUGGUCAACUACGCAUCUGGAAAUAUUGCAGCAUGGGACGAUAUCCACGCUGCGUCUACUGGGGUUCGUCUGGCCUUUGUAUCCGAUCUUCCAGGCUCGAUCCGCUACAUGAAAUCUACCUUGCGUGGCCUGGUUAGCUGGGCUCCACAUUAUGUGAUGCUCUGCAUUCCAGCCAACUGCGACGAUAACCUCCCAGAGACAGAGGCUGGCAUAGAUCAUGUUGCCGAGAUUGACCUAUGUCUGGCGUACUUGGACCUCUGUCUGAAAUUAGAAGUCCCGGUUCUGAUCGUAAUCACCAAAUUGGACAUUGCGUCUCGCACUGGAUUACGGGAGAAUCUCACGAAAGUACUUUCUGCUCUGAAGGCGGCUGAACGCAAGCCUGUAAUGUUGCCGGCAUCCCCUGCCGGAGACAAAGCACUAGACUUGCAACACAUUAGCGCACUUGACGGCAAAGAAAUACAGAAAAUCAUCGCGGCGGCAGAUGAUAAAUGGCACCAGACGGUUCCAAUCGUCCUGACUAGUGCCGUCGACGGCUCAGGCAUUGGGAAACUCCACGCUUUCCUUCGUUACCUGCCUAUUCCCGCUCAGCCACCCCAGAGAGUCCUUCGGCUUCCUCAAACGCUUCUACGCGCUCACAAACAGCCCGGCAAUAUGUUCGAUGUGGAUGAAGUCUUUGCCAUACCGCCCUCCAAGGUAUACUCCGUGUCGUCGGCCGACAAGAACAACCAAGAAAGCCGGGGAAUGGUUUUGUGCGGUUUGGUACGACACGGCUGUAUAUCGAUCGGCGACCAAAUGUUGAUUGGGCCUGUCCUUGUAGACACUUCAGACAGCAACGAAACUGUCCCCCUCAGCCUCUUGUCACGCAGCAGUGGACCAGGUCCAUCCAGCGAAUUCCCAGCAUCCCUCAGUCUACCCGGCAAAGACGGCGCCACAAUACAAGCCAAAUGGCAACGUGUCCGCGUCGUUAGUGUUCGCGAUCUUCGACUCCCCGUCCGCCGUCUAAAAGAAGACCAAGUGGGAACAAUUGGAAUCGAGCUCCUCACCUCUCCAGAUGACGGACGUCUCCCACGAUUAAGCCGGAUACGAAAGGGCAUGGUCCUAACAGACUUCAACUUGCUCCCACCCAAGAAGCUCACUUCAUCACUUCCGCCAACAUUACCGAUGCCUUUUCAUACGGCUUUCACAGCGACUUUUCCAGCUGCCGAAUUUUCAGCGCCGAACUCGCCCCCAUUGCUCCUCGGCGGAAACGCAAUUGUUUACAUGGCCAACAUCCGCGCCACGAGACAGAUACCGAGCCUCAGCUCACCACCAUCACCCUCGGAGCCUGAAUUCUUCAGCUUCGAUGGCGAUGGGCCGUCGCCAGGUCGGGAGAAGGUUUCGAGUAAUGGGCCUUGUGGCUCCGUACGCCGCCGUGCAUCGGCUACGGAUAUCAGCAAGGUUGUUUCUGAAGCUGCGUGUGUUGAUCCAGGAACUAAGGAGGCAAGUAAGGAGGAUGUGAGGAUUACCUUUGCGCUUGUUACUUCAGUGGAGUGGGUGGAACUUGGGUCACAGGUCUUGGUUAUGCCGGGGGGUGUCUAUGGCGAUUGCGCCGAGUGGGAAUGGGGUUUCAGUUGCUGGCGCGCCUGGGAAUGGAACUGUGGCGAUGUCGGGCUUGGAAGGGGAGAGGCGAAUCGUGACGAUAUGCCUUUGCAUUUCAUACUUGAAUCCUUGCGGGUAUGA